UGAGCGGCAGGUGAUAACGUAGUAAUAGCAGCCAGAAGAGAGCCCUAAAGAGUACAGAGAAGAAAAUUGAGAACUUGGUCCAUAUAAUAAAACAACCAAUUAGCCUUGUGCACGAAAUCUGGAUAUUCCCAGUAUGUCAGGAAACUGACACAUCCUGUAUACAUAAACGACGAGUCGUGUUAAAAGUCGUUCAAUAGAGAACGAGCCAGCGAAUAGAAAACAAGCCAUGCUGCGACCUUUUGUGCUAGUUUACUUUAUCACGAUCUUCUUGAUGAUUUCAAAAAUAAUAUCUUCUAACAAAUCGAACGAAGAGGUGAGAAAAGUGGACAGAACGUUUCACAGUGCCUCGUCACCCUUAUUCUUCUUUCAUCUACUCAAACUGAAGAAAAAGAUCCAGAAGAUAGAGAAUGUGCCAACGACCCCGCCAACCGCAGACUGCAUUUGCGUUCCUUACUACCUAUGUGACGCUAACCGUACCAUAAUUGCAGAAAACAUUGGAAUGAUCGACAUUCGAUACCGAAGAUGCACCGGAGACUUGGAAGUGUGUUGUCAUCUACGGAACGUGACAGUCACCGUCACUACUAUGAAACCAACUACAACAAUGAAACCUACUACUACUACUACUACUACUAUGAAGACAACUACCUCUACGAAGGCAACGACCACCUCCACUGUCCCGCCGGUGAUUUUUCCAACCACAAACCCUCAACCUGUCCCAAUCUGUGUCUGCGUGCUUGUAACUCAAUGUGAUGCAAACGGAAUCAUCGGCUAUGGCGGAGAAGGCGUAAUCAAUCCUCGUCAGCAAUAUAUCCAGUGUCCCAGCAGCAACAUGGUGUGCUGCAGACCGACCAGCGUGAUCCAGUAUCCUGUAGCAACCAAUCCUCCGGUUGUCUCUCCACAAAUUUGUGUAUUAUGUGGAAAUGCAAUCCAGUGCAACAACGGGGUCGUGAUUCCAGUAAACGUCGGGAUCGUGAAUCCUCUGGUGACUUACAAUCAACAGACGUGUCCUGUGCCUACAUCUUGCUGUCAGGGGAUAAACACAGGCUAUGGAAAUGGGAUUCCAGUGGUAAUCGGGCCCAUUAGAAAUCCUGGAACUUCUCAGGCUUGUUACUGUAUGAAAAGUUGGUUAUGUACGCCAGGAAACUCUGUCAGUACGGAUGGAGCUGGUGCCAUCGAUCCAAGGUUCUCCGUGUGUGGAAACACGGAGGAAAUUUGUUGUCGAGCCUCUUCUACGAUCAAUAUAGCAAGAAAUCGCGAUUUAGAUGGAUUAGGAGAGAGUAUCAUAAAUGGUGAAGCGUCCUUUUCGCAACCUGGGUGUGGUAUUCAGAAUAAAACGUACGCGGCAGCCCAACCUUACCCUGUGGACACUGGAAAAACGUAUUUCGCCGAGUUCCCGUGGAUGGUAGCUCUGUUAACAAUACAAUCAGAUGGUAAAUAUCUAUUCCAAUGCGGAGGAUCUAUGAUUACCAAGAGCGCUGUCCUUACGGCUGCGCAUUGUGUUACCAAUUUAGGAAAUGGCAGACCGAUAGCGCGUUUUGGUCAGUGGGAUCUGGAAAAUCAAGCUGGCGACCAACCAUUACCCUUUCAAGACGCAAACAUAAAAGCCAUAAUAACCCAUCCCCAAUUCUAUAGUGCUGCUCUAUACAACGACAUAGCAGUGGUCAUUUUAAACGAACCGGUGAAAUUGAAUGUCAACGUUGCCCCUAUUUGUAUGCCGCAGCAGGGAUUAACAUUUCCUGUUGGUACUAGGUGUAUCGGCACAGGUUGGGGAAAGAACUCGUUUGGUGGAACGUAUCAAACUGAGUUAAGGAAAGUAGAACUUCCUCUGGUGGACAGAUCCGAUUGUCAAAAUCGUCUUCGAACGACGAGAUUAGGAACGUAUUUUCAGCUACAUAGCUCCUUCGUUUGUGCUGGAGGAGAAGCAAAUAGGGACACGUGUCGUGGAGACGGCGGUGGACCUCUUGUGUGUCCUACAGCCACGGGACAAUACUUUCAGGUAUCACGUUAUUUCAAGUAUUACGUUCUAGAGGUGCCUAUAAAUGAGAAAAAAAGGUACAAAAAUUAAUUUGAACUU